CAGCAGGCUGGAUGUGAGAUGUAAUAGAUAAGAAGAAGGAGGAGGAGUAAACACGGGUCAAACCUACAGCUAGGGACAUCUCAGAGAGAAUCCAGAGAGCACAAAAGAAGAUCAGGGAGAAGGACACAGAGAUAGUGAAAGAGAUAAAGGACUGUGGAAUGUAGAGAUUAUAGAAACCACGAGGGUCAAACAGACGAUGAAUACGUGCUAAAGAAACAUCAAGACUAACGUGACUAGUUGUUUAUUUUUCUACCUUCUGGUUUCUUUCUGUUUUUUUGGAGCAGAUCAUCAUCAUCCUCUUCCUCCACCUCCUCUUCCUCCUCCUCCUCCUCCUCAUCAUCAUCGUCAUCAUCAUGGCGUUAAUGCCAACUCCUGGACUCAAUUCAUCUUUAGGGAUGGCUGGCCCCUUGUCCGUCUCCCCAAGCAAUACGUCUAAUAUCCUGAGCAGCCUUGAAGGAACCAUAUCAGGAGCUCUGAUCCUAAGCGUCGCCUUCGUCCUCGGCAUUCCCGGCAACCUCUUCGUCAUCUGGAGCGUGGUGGCUAGAACGCAGCGCCACUCAGUGACGGCGACGCUUAUCCUCAACCUGGCCUGUGCAGACGGCAUGCUCAUGCUGCUCACACCUUUCUUUAUCAUCUACCUCCUCAAGCGGUCCUGGAUCUUCGGCCUGGCCAUGUGCAAGGUCCUGUAUUACUUCUGCUGCGCCAACAUGUACGCCUCCAUCUUCCUGAUCACACUGAUGAGCCUCCACAGGCUGGUGGCCGUGGUUUGGCCGCAGCAUCUCGUUGCCUUCAGCAAGCGCAGCACCGUAGUACGGACUCUUGUGGCCCUCUGGAUCCUGGCGCUGGCUCUGGCUGCGCCUGUUCUGGUGUUCCGAAAGACAGAAGACAAUCGAAACAACACUAUUGUGUGUGACUGUCUACACUCCAGUCAUGGAUAUGUGGUGAUGCAAUACACCAUGGAGACGUUCCUGGGCUUCUUGUUGCCCUACAGCUUGAUUCUAAUCAGUUACGUUCGGAUUCUUCUCAGGAUUCGCCGCACACGCUUUCAGAGACGUAUUCGCAGCGAGAAGCUCAUUCUGAUCAUCGUCAUCACCUUCGCUCUCUUCUGGCUGCCGUACCAUGUCGUCAACAUGCUGCAGGUGUCUGAAGGGUUGGUUGUGAGCGCGCAACAGAAGAUACACGACUUUCGGACGAAGCUGAGACCCUUCGCUGCUGCAGUGGCCUUCUUCAGCAGCUGCAUCAACCCCAUCCUGUACACGUGUGUAGGAAAGCGGUACAUGCAGCGGGCAGGUCUGGCCUUCAUGGCGCGUCUCUUCGACGCCACAGGACGAGAUCUGAUGUCUCGUAGAUCUCAUAACCGGCAGCUUGAAGUGGGAGAAAACGACGCACUGCGUGAUAAGGACUCUGAAUCCACGACGAGCGCCAACACCAGCGGUAACGUCAAAGUGACACGUGUGCAAAAUGGGAAACAGUGAGGUUCUGAAUGAAACAUUUAGGAUUUGCUUUCGAAUGUCAGAAACGAGGGAGAAAAAAAAAUUUCAAACACAUCCAAUGACGUCAUGGGGAGUUUUAUUCUGAUACAGCAGACUGAACGGAUCUAGAGGAACACUGCGUCCUAGUGAAGGUUCUCGCACCGUUGCGUCAGGGUGACACGUGACCUCAGAUCUCAGGCAGUUCAAGGUCUGUCCACCAGGUCGCGCCAAAACAUCACACGCUUUAAUGUCAUGACGCGCCGGAUAAAUGUCGUGUUUCGCUCCAAGAUGACUGAUUUUGUCUCUCAACAUACAUUGGGAUUAAUUUCAUCUGUUAAGGAAAGAGCUUUGAAUAAAUAAACAAACAAAUAAAUAAAUAUACACAUUUUAAAGUUCUGUCAUACAAGAAAAAAUGAAAUAGAGACUGUAUUCACACCAGUGUACCAUCUGGAAAAGCAAAAUAUCACUACUAAUAAAACUGCAAAAACAAACAACAAAAAAUAAACAUACAUUUGAGAGCAAAAGUUUGUGCCCUCUUGGAGCUAAAUGAUAAAGGGAAGAGAAGACAUUAUAAGCAAAUAUUUAACAGUGAAUAGAAAUUAUCAGUCAAAAUGUAAUUAUUCUUAAAAAAAGGAGGGGGGGUGGGGUGUAACAAAUGUACAUGCCACUUUAUCAGUAAUACACGGACAGUUGAAGAUUGUAUGACCCAAUCUUUCAUGUGAUUGGAUAAUUGCAUAAACAUACAGAUGUACAUGUGUUCCUAUUGGCUGCUGAAUGUGUAUCCAGGGAAUCCUAAUAUAGUCUGAGUAUCGAUGUUUUAGCCAUAAGUUUUGGACUGUACCUUUUUUUGUGUCAGGACACGACCACUUUUUAUUAUUGACAGAUUUUUUUUUAUUUUUUUUUCCAAAAUUCGUUAAAUAUAGUUACGUUUUCCUUUUUUUUUUUUUUUUGCACCGAAACUUUUGCAUUCAUUUCAAAUUGAUAAUAAAGUUUUUAAUAACUUUAUAAAAAUCGACUUAUAUUAAUAAUUACACAUCAAUGGAUAAUUUUAAGACUAGUUGUAAAAUGUAUAAUCUUAUAUUUUAUAUAUUAUAUCUAUAACCACGCAUAUGUUAAUGAAGGGGCGUGGCCAAAUGUAAAUCGUAUAUACUUAUAUAUAAUUAUAUAUUUAUAUAGAAACCCUUUUUAUUAAGGCUAUGUGUAAAUAAUACAGAAAUGUGAUUUCAUACAUAACGGUAUGAUUUUACUUUAAUAAUUUGAAUUAUUUUUAUAAUUAUUGGAUUCCGUCUGUUAGAUCAUCCGUCUGUUAAUGACAGGAUCAGGUUUUAGGAUUCUGUAAUAAAAGUCUGGACAAAAAAAAAACUCUGUUACACUGAGAUUCUCCGAAUGUCUGAUUGCAUGCCUGAGUUUGUGCAGUAUGUUAUAAAUGAUGUUAUGAGGUUAUGAACGAUGCAGGACACGACCACCGCUCACUCGUGGGAUGUUUAUUCUGAUGUUAGGAAUGUCCUUUUGUGUGACAUUAAGAAUGAUGUUUUGUUUUACACGAUUUUAAAAAUGAUGUCAUAAAUAUUGUAAUAAAUUACAUUAUAAACAACGUUGUAAAUGAUUUUAUAAAUGUCUUCAUGAAUUAGAUUAUAAAUGACGUUAUAUAUAAUGUUAUGUAUGUUGUUAUAUAUGACGUUAGGAAUGAUGUUAUAACUGACAGUAUGAAUUAUGUUACAUAUGACAUUGUUAUGACUGUUGUUAUAUAUGAUGUUAGGAAUGAUGUUAUAACUGACAGUAUGAAUUAUGUUACAUAUGACAUUGUUAUGACUGUUGUUAUAUAUGAUGUUAGGAAUGAUGUUAUAACUGACAGUAUGAAUUAUGUUACAUAUGACGUUGUUAUAACUGUUGUUAUAUAUGAUGUUAGGAAUGAUGUUAUAACUGACAGUAUGAAUUAUGUUACAUAUGACAUUGUUAUGACUGUUGUUAUAUAUGAUGUUAGGAAUGAUGUUAUAACUGACAGUAUGAAUUAUGUUACAUAUGACAUUGUUAUGACUGUUGUUAUAUAUGAUGUUAGGAAUGAUGUUAUAACUGACAGUAUGAAUUAUGUUACAUAUGACAUUGUUAUGACUGUUGUUAUAUAUGAUGUUAGGAAUGAUGUUAUAACUGACAGUAUGAAUUAUGUUACAUAUGACAUUGUUAUGACUGUUGUUAUAUAUGAUGUUAGGAAUGAUGUUAUAACUGACAGUAUGAAUUAUGUUACAUAUGACGUUGUUAUAACUGUUGUUAUAUAUGAUGUUAGGAAUGAUGUUAUAACUGACGGUAUGAAUUAUGUUACAUAUGACAUUGUUAUGACUGUUGUUAUAUAUGAUGUUGGGAAUGAUGUUAUAACUGACGGUAUGAAUUAUGUUACAUAUGACAUUGUUAUGACUGUUAUUAUAUAUGAUGUUAGGAAUGAUGUUAUAACUGACAGUAUGAAUUAUGUUACAUAUGACGUUGUUAUAACUGUUGUUAUAUAUGAUGUUAGGAAUGAUGUUAUAACUGACGGUAUGAAUUAUGUUACAUAUGACAUUGUUAUGACUGUUGUUAUAUAUGAUGUUAGGAAUGAUGUUAUAACUGACGGUAUGAAUUAUGUUAUAUAUGACAUUGUUAUGACUGUUGUUAUAUAUGAUGUUAGGAAUGAUGUUAUAACUGACGGUAUGAAUUAUGUUAUAUAUGACAUUGUUAUGACUGUUGUUAUAUAUGAUGUUAGGAAUGAUGUUAUAACUGACGGUAUGAAUUAUGUUACAUAUGACAUUGUUAUGACUGUUGUUAUAUAUGAUGUUAGGAAUGAUGUUAUAACUGACGAUAUGAAUUAUGUUAUAUAUGACGUUGUUAUAACUGUUGUUAUAAAUGAUGUUAUAUAUGAUGUUACAUAUGAUGUUAUAAAGAUGUUAUAAAUAAUGAUAUAUAU